AUAUUCCAGGAAAUACUGCUGGACCGUCCACGUGUCAUUUCCAGUAACGUGGGCCACGCGUGGGACCUACCAGCAAACACAUUUGGUGCCGCAUAUGCAAAGUUCAUGGGAUCAAGAAACUUCUCACCAGACGAUCGCCCACCGGUAAGAUUCAUGGAAACAGAAGAACUUGCAUAUGUGGCAAUGCGCGCACGCGAAGUGCAUGAUUUCUGGCACACCCUUUUCAACCUUCUAACAAAUUUGAUCGGCGAGUCAGCGCUAAAAGUCAUUGAGUUUGAGCAAAUUUUGCUUCCAAUGUACUUCUUGUCUGUCAUAGUAGGAACUGAACAGUUUAAUGCCAAACAAAGAUCAUUGUUUUAUAAGCAUUACUUCCCUUGGGCCGUUCAGGCAGGUAUGAAGUCAACUGACCUGAUGUAUGUUUAUUAUGAGAAGCAUUUUCAUGAAGAUUUGGAGGUGGUGAGACGGAGAUGGGGCAUAAUACCUGCUCCUUCCGUUCAACAGUAGUUCGGUUAAGAAACAAUUUCGCGAUGAUGUAAGAGAGUUUGGAAAUAAAAGUGUCUUUAAGUAUUUAAA